UGCCAUAACAACCGGCAUUAAAAACAAACGCAUGGCCAAUGGCCGUGUGCAAAAUUCUUGUGUUUACUGUAUCUGUCAAUUUGUAAUGCAAGCGCGAAAGAAUAUUCGUUUAUUGAUUAAACUUUCCAAGUUAACUACCUGAUAAAUGUGAGGAUACGUAGAAGUUUCGGGAACACUGUAUCGAGAUGUUUAAGAACACUUUUCAGUCUGGAUUUCUGUCAAUUCUUUACAGCAUAGGUAGCAAACCUUUGCAGAUUUGGGACAAGAAAGUGCGAAAUGGGCACAUAAAACGCAUUACAGACAACGACAUACAGAGUCUGGUGCUGGAAAUAGUCGGGACCAAUGUGAGCACCACAUACAUAACAUGUCCGGCCGAUCCAAAGAAGACGCUGGGCAUCAAGCUGCCGUUCUUGGUUAUGAUAAUAAAAAACCUCAAAAAGUACUUUACAUUUGAAGUUCAGGUACUAGAUGACAAGAAUGUACGGAGAAGAUUUAGAGCCAGCAAUUACCAGUCAACAACUCGGGUGAAACCGUUCAUCUGUACAAUGCCUAUGCGUCUAGAUGAAGGCUGGAAUCAGAUUCAAUUCAACCUCGCAGACUUUACAAGACGGGCAUAUGGCACUAAUUAUGUUGAAACAUUAAGGGUACAAAUACAUGCAAACUGUCGGAUAAGGAGGGUUUACUUCUCAGACAGAUUGUAUUCAGAAGACGAGCUUCCAGCAGAGUUCAAGCUAUUCCUUCCAAUACAAAAUAAGGCGAAAACAGCUGUUGCUACAUAAAUAAAUUGUAGUCAUUAUAAUAUUACCCUAGUAAAUGUAUUUUAUAAGUAUACAUAUUCUAUUUUGUUUUUAUGAACAAGAAUUAUAAUUUCCUUCACUCAAGUUUUUGAUA